UUCAACACAAUUGUACGGAGUCUCACUUUAAAACAUCUCCUUUAAUUAUCAAUAGAGUCAUACUAGUGAGUAGUGAGGAAGUAGGAGCCAUAUAUAUAAAUUAUAAGAGAGGAAUCAGCACCACCAUACUAGAAGAUCACCUCCACUUAUGAAGAAGAUAUGAUGAGGGAGGGAGAUGCAUGUGUUGCACUUCUAAGAAGCAAGCUCCAUGGCCUUGUCGAGAGGAACCGCAGUCUGGAAGAGGAGAACAAGCAAUUGAGACAUCAAGUCAGUCGUCUAAAAGGCCAAGUAUCCUCCCUUGAAGGCCAGGAUACUGAUAGAAAGAUGCUCUGGAAGAAGCUGGAUAAUUCUUCCACUGGCAACAGCUACCUCAAGGAAAAGCAGUUUGUUCCCAACAAUGAUGCAAAGGAAGCCAUGGAUCUCAACAGCACGUCGUGUUACAGCAGGCAGCAAUUCUCCAGGGCACCUCUGGUGAGAUCAAGAGCACCAAGGGUUCCAAAUCCACCGCCAAGUCCAACCUACACCCAACCAAUAGUAAAUGCAAGAAAGGAAGGAGGCAUGGCUCCUCCUCCACCGCCACCUCCCCUACCUUCCAGAUUGCUGAAGAGCACUAAGGCAGUGCAAAGGGUGCCUGAUGUAGUCGAGUUAUACCGGUUAUUGGUUAGAAGAGAAGGCAAAAAUGAUGCAAAGUCUGGAUCCAUGGGAAUUCCGGCAGCUACUAAUAGCCGAGAGAUGAUCGGGGAGAUAGAGAACAAAUCAGCUUAUGUGUUAGCUAUUAAAUCAGAUGUAGAAAAUCAGAGUGAAUUCAUUAACUUCCUGGCAGUGGAGGUAAAGAAUGCGGCAUACAAAGAAAUAGCUGAUGUUGAAGAGUUUGUGAAGUGGCUUGAUGGGGAACUAUCUUACCUUGUGGACGAAAGAGCAGUGCUCAAGCAUUUCCCAAACUGGCCAGAGAAGAAAGCAGAUACCAUGAGAGAAGCAGCAUUCACCUACCGAGAUCUGAAGAAUCUGGAAUCAGAAGCAUCGUCAUUCCACGAUGACAGGAGAGUUGCCACACCUAUGGCUCUCAAGCGCAUGCAAGCUCUGCAGGAUAAAAUUGAACAAGGUAUUCAUAAUACUGAGCGAGCAAGGGACAGUGCAAGUGGAAGAUACAAGGAUCUUAAGAUCCCGUGGGAAUGGAUGCUUGACUCUGGAAUCAUAAGCCAACUAAAGAUGGCUUCAUUGAAGCUAGCAAGAGAAUUCAUGAACCGCGUUGUGAAUGCACUGAAGUCCGACCCAUUCACAAAUGACGAAGAACUGCUUCUCCAAGGUGUCCGCUUUGCCUUCCGCAUACAUCAGCUUGCAGGUGGGUUUGAUGAAGGUUGCCGGAAAGCAUUCCAAGAACUGAAGAUGUAUGCAAGCAAGUCAGAUUGAUCUGAUGAGGAUUGGAAAAAAGGCUCAAAUACAAUUAUAUAGGAUUAAAAUACAUAAUUAAAGUUUUGCCGAGGUUGGCUCCAAGUCGACUCAGCUAGUCAUCAGGAUAAUUUUGUAAACAGUUGUAUUAAACCUAAUUUAUUCAUCCAGGUUGUGAUCUCUUGGGACUUUGAUACAAGUUAACAUUAUGCAAUAUGCAUAUACAUACAUCAUGCAGCCUUUAAUUUCGUA